AAUCAGAAGAUAACUACAAAUCCCAGACGACUUCGCGAGCGUCGGUUGACGUGGCCGGCGCUGUUAAGCAUACCGGGCCGAUUUAAAUUCAGUUCAGCCGUUAAGUACUCGUCCUUCUCGGGUUCGUUUUUAACGGCUUUUGUAGUAUUUUUCCCUGAAGUUUUACAGUCUAAGUCUUUGUAGCUACGUCAGAAAAUGUCGGGAAAAACGUCUGGGAAAAUGAAGAGCAGAAACGCAGCAAACGCGGACUCGGUGUCGGGCAGCGUGUCCUGCGAUGAGCGGAUCCUCAAAGACUGCCAUCAGAUGUACACCGAUACAGCCAGCGGAUUAAUAGCGAUUGCUGAGUCUGUUGGUGUGACUCUGCUGCCUCCCAGGAAGAAGAUCACUGUGAUGCUGAUGGGAAAUCACUCAGCUGGAAAAAGCUCCUUUAUCAACUGGUAUAUCGAGGAGCACAUCCAAAGGACAGGAGUCGCGAUAGAGACACAGGGCUUCACCUUUGUUACUAGUGGGCGUAAGAGGGAGUCGCUGACGGGAAAUGCAACGCUCCACCUGUAUCCUCACUUCAAACCACUUCAAGAGUUUAAAGGCGUGUCUGAAUACGUUGGCACCGAGAUCUGCACUUCUCGGCAGAAGCGUUUCAGUUUGGUGACUUUUGUGGACACUCCUGGACUGGUGGAUGGAGAUAUGAAGUAUCCCUUCGAUGUGGACCAGGCCGUCCUUUGGCUAGGUGAUGUGUGCGAUUUGAUCCUGGUCUUCUUCGACCCCAUGGGACAGGCUCUGUGCAAACGCACACUUAACAUCGUGGAGCAACUCAACGAAAAGCAGGGAGAUCGACUCCGUUUUUUUCUCAGCAAAGCUGACGAAGCUGGAGGAGAGUCAGACAGACAGAGAGUGAUGAUGCAGAUUGUGCAGGAGUUGUGUAAACGUCCAGGACUUAACAAGUGUGGCUUUGACAUGCCUACAAUCUACAUCCCCAAUCCCAACAAGCCUAGUCGAUGUGUCAAUCAGAUUGAGGAAGUGUGUCGCACCAUAGAGAAGACCAUAAACCAAACUGUGCAGAACACUCUGAACACACUGGAGAAAGACUGUGAGCUGAUCUGCGAGGCUGUUACUGAUACGCUCGACAACGACCGGCAGUGCAGUGUGAAGAACAGGCGUGCUCGCUGUAAGAGCUGUCUCUUGAGCCUUCUGGGCUUCAGUGUGCCGUUACUGCUGCUCUUUGUUCUGGUACUCGGAAGUCUGUCAAGGGAAAUGCUGGAGAUAGCACUGGGUGCUAAGGGCACUGAGACACUCUCUCUCUAUCUGGCUCCAGUAGUGAAGGUGUCUGAAUCUCUGUCUGUGGAGACACAGCUGUAUGUUUGUGGUGGCCUUGUCCUGCUCUCUUUCCUCCUUCUUAUCCUCGCUCGCUUCUCUUCCCGAACCAUGCCAACUCUGUCUGGAAAACAAAAAAGGCAGUUGCAGGAAAAACUGGAGUAUGUUCAGGACGUGGUGAAAUCUAAAAAGAAGAAGCUGUAUGAGGAGUACCUGCGGCAGAGUGUUGGUGAUCAGGAUAUGGACUAGAUUAUUAUUUUUUUUUUUUUUGGUUGAAGAUCUACUGGAGUAACGAACGGAAAGAGCAAUGAACAAAUAGCAGGGAGGAUCUUAAUAACCACUAAACGUUCCUGCAUUUUAGAACAACAAAGGUCAUGUAGACUCAAGCUUUCUAGGAUCACCUUCCAGAAGAUACACACCAGCAUGUUUCAACAUUGAUGGGUAAAAGUAAAUUUAUCAACUAUUUAUGAGGAGAGGAAAACAUUAUUAAUGUCAACACAAUGUGUUGAGGGUUACUGUUAUGGCACGCACUUUGAACUUGUCCCAACCAAGGCACACACACUUCAGUUUUUCUAAAAAUGGAAUCUUGUCACCUGCCAAUUUCACUCCACUACAACCUUAGUGCUUUGCAUCAUGUGAGUUGAACUUAAUGCCUUGCACUGCUUUUAUGUGCAUCAUGUUAUGUAUCAGGUGUUUUUUAAGACUAUUUGAUUCCAGCAUGAAGCUUAUAAAACGCACACCUCACUUCAUCACUGUACGAUUUUAACACGAUGAAAUAGUGCUUAUUUGAUGUUUAUAAGUACCAUUUACAAAAUAAGCUUACACAAAAGCCAUACAAGGACAGGAAUUUUACUAAACAAGAAGGAACCAUGUUUGUAUGCCUUUGUCAUUUUUACUGUUUUCUUAUUGUAGCGCUCAUAAUAAAGUACAAUAUACAAUCUGA